AUGGAGUGGCCUGGUGAAUGCUGUGUGGGGUGCUUGGCCUUGUGGAGAAAGACUGCGAUUGCGGCAGCCCCGGCAAUCACGAAAAAGGACUGUCCCGAAUGCAUCUUGGUGAACAUCCCCGGCCGCCGAGUCCAGGAAGCCUUCAAGGUGAAGAGGAAGACGCUGGGAAAGGGUGGUUUUAGCACGGUCAAGCGAUUGAUCAAUAGAAGAACGGGGGCAGUCUGCGUCAUGAAAGAAGUUCGAAAAAACUCCAUCGCCGACAUGCAGCUCCUUCAAGAGGAGGUGAAACUACAGGCCUCCAUGGACCAUCCUCACAUUGCACGACUUUUCGAAACUUUUGAGGAUUCGCAGCACAUUGACAUAGUGAUGGAGCUUUGUGAGGGUGGAGAUGUGUUGCAUUUAAUCGAGAAAUCUGGAUGCUUGACGGAGAUUUUGUCCUCGGACAUUUUCCGGCAGCUGAUGCUGGCAGUGAGUUACAUGCACCAAAAAGCCCAGGUGGUGCACCGGGACAUCAAGCCAGAGAACCUGGUCCUCAAAGAGACAACAGAGAGGGUGUUAGACCUGUUAGACCCUUGUCUCCAGAACUCUCACUCCUUUCCAUCCUCUCCAUCCUCUCCAUCCUCUCACUCCCCGCGCCCUCAUCUCACGAUCAAGCUCAUCGACUUCGGCUUUGCACGAAAACUGGAAACCGGAGUGAGAUUGAAGACCAUCUGUGGAACGCCUUUGUAUGUUGCCCCAGAGGUUUUCACUGGCAGCUACUGCGAGAAGUGUGACAUAUGGAGCAGCGGUGUCACUUUGUACUACAUGCUUCUUGGCCGACCCCCUUUCGAUGGAGAUGAUGUUGACGUGAUUCUACGGAAAGCCCGGAAAGGCAUGCAGCUUUCAGGAAGCAUGGUGACAGAACUUGGUGGCCCAGUCCCAUGUGGUGCUGUACAGCUUAUUGGACGCAUGUGUGAUCUUUCAGACAGCUUGCGUCCUUCUGCUCAUGAGAUUCUGUUGGAAAGCUGCUGGCUCCGAGAAGAACAGGUCAGUGUGGAAAUCAGAAGCGAGGUCACCGAAACCUCUGAUGAGAUUGCCAAGAACCUGCGAAAGUAUACUUUAAUGAAUCCGCUGAAAAAAGCUGCCUUGAACACCAUCGUACACGUCAUUGACGACUCUGAUCUGCAACGUCCUCGAGAGACCUUCGAGAGCUUGGACACGAGCUGCAAAGGCAGCAUCCCCUUAGCUACUCUGCGCAAAACCAUUUCCGAAUCUGCCCUUGGUAAAGAUGCAGACAGGAUAUGCAGCAGCUUGGAUACAAGCGGUUUAGAAGAAAUGGACUACAGCAACUGGCUGUCGGCAAACGUUAAGCCCCAGCAAUACUUGAAGCAGGGUUACAUAUGGGAGGCCUUCCGCAUACUGGACAAGGACAGCAGCGGCAAAAUUUCUGCACCAGAGCUGCAGCAGGUGUUGGCACGAGCUUCUCCACAUCUUGAUGAGGCAGAAUGCGAGCAUCUUCUUGCUCAAUUUGAUAAGAACGGGGACGGCGAGAUGGACUUCGAAGAGUUUCAAGACAUGCUGCGAGCAUCAUCAUCUUCUCAUGAUGAUGCAGCUACAGGACCAUCUUCUAGACGGCCUUUUCGAUUGAAAACUGCACCGUAA